AUGCCGUCAAUAGAAGCUAGGCUCCAGCCUGCAAGUGCAGACGCCGAUGCUUCUCCUUCCAGAGCGGACCGCAAAUCAGCAGACGCCAUCUUUCUGUCCACAGCCAAUCUAACGUCCGAACUCAGCCGGGUCAACUCGACGCCUCUGUCUUCAGACGCCAUAGACGCCCUCGGCUUGCCACCCUCGUCUUCGUGCACCAACGACUCGCUCAAUGAACCAUCUCCUUUGACUAUGGCCCCGCCUAAGCCCGGUCCCGCAGAUACGCUUUAUCCAAGUCCAUCUGGAGGAUUCGUGCCUUCCCCAGAGGAAGGUCAGGAUUGGAGACUCAAACCUCCUCCACCUGGACGCGCAAGAGACUCAACCAAACCAUCAUCAGCCAUUUCGAAUUCAGCAGCAGCAUCCCCCUCUUCGUCUAUAUCAGCCUCGCGCACCUUAUCACCCUCAGCAGAGGGCAGCAGCCAACAUCCUGCAUCCGGUCCCAGCUCAACCACACCCACGCGUCCGCCUUCUCUACCGACAUGUCCCGAAACCGCGUCUAAGAUUGCCAACGCCUCCUCGAGCUCACUAUCAAGACGCAGCUCACAAGCUUCGAAUGCAGUCGCAUCACCUCAGGUGCGGCCUGUCUCAAGCUCGUCAAGCUCUCGUCACCGCCUCAGCACCGCCAAUUUGUCGUCUCAAUCUGCGCCUGAGCGCCCAGCUUGCCGGAGCGUUUCGACGGCAAGUGGUGCGCAUGCAUCCGAAGUGCAACAGAGCUACGACACAAUCUCGCACUGCCGCGCCACCUCAUCCCGGCCCAACUCAACCACCAGCUUCCAAACAGCGCGCAUCGACGACGCAAAAGACGAUGCAAGUCUUUCGAUCCGAGUGCGCGACUUUGCCUUUCCACAAGACGAUCCUCGUCAUCACGGUCACCUGCUUGCAGAGGCUCAACAGUCUGCAGCCCAAGAUCAAGACUUUGACGAGCAUGGACAAGAAUCAGAUGCCGACGGGAAUGAAUUUUAUAUCGAGGGAGCAGAAGAUGAGAACGAGUUUGACGGUGACGAAGGCGACAAUGCCAACGUUGCGCAAGGCGUCUACAAUGUGCUCUACGCAUUCGAGCCUGUCUCGGAGCACGAGCUUGCUGUUGAACCUGGCGACCUAGUACACGUGGUCGGCUCGCUCGAAGGUGGCUGGGCGAUCGCCAUCAAGGAUGGCAACGAGACCGUCAAGGGUCUCGUCCCUGCCACUUAUCUCGAGUGGUCUGCUCCACUGCCCGAGUGA